GACAUUAUCCAGAUAUAUGGAAUGCUGAAUGUGACUCCGACAUUCCAUUGGAUCACUCAUAUGGAUGAACAGUUUGCUGGAUAUGGUCCAGCACAUGGGUGGUGGACUUUUUUGUUCAAACAGCUGAACAAAUUGUUGAAACAGUUCAAGACAAACCACCAUGGUGGAGGCGAGAUGGAAGUCACAUUUGCCCAUGAGUUC